AUGCCCCACCGCCGGGACGGGCCGAGCCAGGACGGGCCGUACAGCGCCGGGACCUCCCGCCGCCCGACCGGCACCACGCGCCGCCGCCGCCCGCCCCUUCCGCUUCCGGCCGGCCCCCGCGUCUGCGCACUGUUGGCAGCGCCCCCUACUGUCCGGCCGCGGGAUGCCCCUGCUCGCUACGGGCGGCAGGCGGCGCCCGGCCCCGAGCGGGGAGGGGCGCUUGUUCUUCCGCACUUGCAGUGUAUACUGGCAAGAGCCCUGUUUGUUGUCGUUUUCCUAGAGAUCCGGACGCAGCUGGUGGAGCAGUUCAAGUGCCUGGAGCAGCAGUCGGAGUCGCGCCUGCAGCUGCUGCAGGACCUGCAGGAGUUCUUCCGCAGGAAGGCGGAGAUCGAGCUGGAGUACUCCCGCAGCCUGGAGAAACUGGCCGAGCGCUUCUCCUCCAAGAUCCGCAGCUCCAGAGAGCACCAGUUCAAGAAAGAUCAGCACCUCCUUUCCCCUGUGAACUGCUGGUACCUGGUUCUGACGCAGACCCGGCGGGAGAGCAGAGAUCACGCCACCCUGAACGACAUCUUCAUGAACAAUGUCAUUGUCCGGCUGUCGCAGAUCAGUGAGGAUGUCAUCAGGCUCUUCAAAAAGAGUAAGGAGAUUGGCUUACAGAUGCAUGAAGAACUCCUGAAAGUCACCAACGAGCUUUACACGGUGAUGAAGACCUAUCACAUGUACCAUGCAGAAAGCAUCAGCGCCGAGAGCAAGCUGAAGGAGGCAGAGAAGCAGGAGGAAAAGCAGUUCAACAAGUCAGGGGACAUCAGUGUGAACCUGCUGCGGCACGAGGACAGGCCGCAGCGGCGGAGCUCCGUCAAGAAAAUUGAGAAGAUGAAGGAGAAGAGACAAGCCAAAUAUUCUGAAAACAAGCUGAAGUGUACUAAAGCCAGGAAUGACUACCUGCUGAACCUGGCCGCCACCAAUGCCGCCGUCAGCAAAUACUACAUCCACGAUGUCUCGGACCUCAUUGAUUGCUGUGACCUGGGGUUCCACGCCAGCCUCGCGCGGACCUUCAGGACGUACCUGUCUGCUGAGUACAACCUGGAAACCUCCCGCCACGAGGGCCUGGACAUCAUCGAGAAUGCUGUGGACAACCUGGAUGCGCGGAGCGACAAGCACACCAUCAUGGACAUGUGCAACCAGGUCUUCUGCCCUCCACUGAAGUUUGAGUUCCAGCCUCACAUGGGGGACGAGGUGUGCCAGGUCAGUGCCCAGCAGCCUGUGCAGACCGAGUUGCUGAUGCGGUACCACCAGCUGCAGUCACGACUGGCCACCCUCAAGAUAGAGAACGAAGAGGUACGAAAGACGCUGGAUGCCACGAUGCAGACUUUGCAGGACAUGCUGACAGUGGAAGAUUUUGAUGUUUCGGAUGCCUUCCAGCACAGUCGCUCCACUGAGUCGGUCAAAUCAGCUGCAUCAGAGACCUACAUGAGCAAGAUAAACAUCGCCAAGCGGAGAGCCAACCAGCAGGAAACUGAAAUGUUCUAUUUUACAAAAUUUAAGGAGUAUUUGAAUGGCAGUAACCUUAUCACGAAGCUCCAGGCUAAGCACGACUUGCUGAAGCAGACUCUUGGAGAAGGUGAAAGAGCUGAAUGUGGAACAACCAGGCCCCCAUGUCUUCCCCCUAAGCCACAGAAAAUGAGGAGACCUAGGCCUCUCUCAGUCUAUAAUCAUAAACUUUUUAACGGCAAUAUGGAAACGUUCAUUAAGGAUUCAGGACAGGCUAUUCCGCUUGUAGUAGAAAGCUGCAUUCGCUACAUCAAUUUGUACGGCCUUCAGCAGCAGGGCAUUUUCAGAGUCCCUGGCUCCCAGGUGGAAGUCAACGACAUCAAGAAUUCCUUUGAGAGAGGUGAAGAUCCCCUUGCCGAUGAUCAAAAUGAGCGUGACAUUAAUUCAGUGGCUGGAGUCUUGAAGCUGUAUUUCCGAGGACUGGAAAACCCCCUCUUUCCUAAGGAAAGGUUUCAAGAUUUGAUAUCUACUAUAAAAAUCGAGAACCCCACCGAGAGAGUGCACCAGAUCCAGCAAAUCAUCAUCACUCUGCCUCGGGCUGUCAUCGUCGUCAUGAGAUAUCUUUUUGCUUUUCUUAAUCACUUGUCGCAGUACAGCGAUGAGAACAUGAUGGAUCCCUACAACCUGGCCAUCUGCUUCGGGCCCACUCUGAUGCACAUUCCAGACGGGCAGGAUCCGGUGUCCUGCCAAGCCCACGUCAAUGAGGUCAUCAAAACCAUCAUCAUCAACCACGAGGGCAUCUUCCCCAGCCACAGAGAGCUGGAAGGACCUGUCUACGAGAAGUGCAUGACGGGAGGGGAGGAGUACUGUGACAGCCCGCACAGCGAGCCAGGCACCAUCGAUGAAGUUGACCAUGACAACGGCACGGAGCCACACACCAGUGACGAAGAAGUGGAGCAGAUUGAAGCCAUAGCGAAGUUUGACUACAUCGGACGGUCUCCCCGAGAGCUCUCCUUUAAGAAAGGGGCCUCGCUCCUCCUGUACCAUCGGGCAUCAGAAGACUGGUGGGAAGGGAGGCACAACGGUGUGGAUGGCCUCAUACCCCACCAGUACAUUGUGGUGCAAGACAUGGACGAUGCCUUCUCCGACAGCCUGAGCCAGAAGGCGGACAGCGAGGCAAGCAGCGGGCCACUGCUGGAUGAUAAGGCCUCCUCCAAGAACGACAUCCAAUCUCCGACAGAUCACAUUGUGGACUAUGGCUUUGGGGGAGUUAUGGGCCGAGUGAGAUUGAGGUCUGACGGUGCCGCUAUCCCUCGCCGUCGAAGCGGGGGGGACACCCACAGCCCGCCCCGAGGGAUGGGUCCCGGCAUAGACACUCCUCCUCGAGCAGCGGCCUGCCCUAGCAGCCCUCACAAAAUACCUCUUAACAGGGGCAGGAUUGAGAGUCCCGAAAAGCGCAGAAUGGCGACAUUCGGCAGUGCAGGCAGCAUCAAUUUCCCAGACAGGAAGGCCUUGUCUGAUGGCCACCCGCUGAGAUCAACCUGUGGAUCGACUAGACACAGUAGUCUCGGAGAUCAGAAAUCUCUAGAAGCAGAGGCGCUGGCUGAGGACAUCGAGAAGACCAUGAGCACGGCGCUGAAUGAGCUGCGGGAGCUGGAGAGGCAGAACACAGCCAAGCAGGCCCCCGACGUGGUCCUGGACACGCUGGAGCCCAUGAAGAACCCCCCGAUGGGCGCCGCCAACUCAGAGCCCACCAGCCCCCUCCACACCAUCCUCAUCCGGGACCCCGACGCUGCCAUGCGGCGCAGCAGCAGCUCCACCACCGAGAUGAUGACCACCUUCAAGCCGGCGCUGUCGGCCCGGCUGGCUGGGGCCCAGCUGCGGCCCCCGCCGAUGCGGCCGGUGCGGCCGGUGGUGCAGCACCGCUCCAGCAGCAGCAGCAGCUCGGGGGUGGGCAGCCCCGCCGUCACCCCCACCGAGAAGCUCUUCCCCAGCAGCUCGGCAGACAAAUCGGGCACCAUGUAGGCUGGGGUGGCGCCUGGACGGCAGGAGCAGGGCCGGUGGCUUGGCACCACGCGGGGCCAAAGCCCUGCUCAAGAGGAAGCCCUCCAGAAGGGGAACAAGCACGUGGCCGAGGCCUGAUGGCCGGUUGUACAUACGUGUAUGUGUAUGUACAUACGUGUGCACACACACCCCCAUCCAUGCAGAAACACUUCCCACGCUUGCAGUCCUAUGGCAGGAGGAGAUGGUGGGUCUACAUGUCGGCACUGGAGAAUACAUGCUAUAUCUAGAAGUAUAUAUUAAAAAAAAAAGUGUACAGAAUUCGGUGACUUUUUAAAAAAAGUAGAUUUACCUCAGAAACUGGCUCUGAAAUGUCCUCUCUAGAGACAUUGGGAUUUUCCCGGGCUAUUUGUGUGUGUGUGUGUGUGGAGGUACGUAGCGGCUGUGUGUCGAGCAAUACAAGGCCCAUCCUGGAGUUCAUUUUCUGCACCUCUCAGCAUUUGGGAAAAAAAAAACAAAGGGAGCAGGGGGAAGACAAGACACGGUGGGUUUGGUUUGGUUCACUGCUGGCCUGCAGAGAAGAACUGCCGGUGUGUGGGACAGAGGAGGAGGCAGCUCCGUGACGCCCCGGCCAGUGUCCCCCAGGGGAGCAGGGACAGAGGAGAAGGCAGCUCCCUCGGCUGCUGGGGAGGACACAGAACUUGGGGUUUCUUGAAGAUUUCAGAGUGACCAAGGACUAGUGACAAACCUGUGGCAAAGCAUAAAUAGAGUAACUUACCCAGUUUCGAGAUGCUUCAUUUCCCUUUCCCCACACACUUCUUUUUUUUAGUUUUUUUUUUUUUUUUUAAAAGAAACAACUAAUGUUCUCUCGACCGCUGGGACUAAAGAGGUGAGGAGGCUUUGGUACAACAACGUCCCUUUUUUUGAAGUUGCACAGCAGUACACGAGGGUCUUGAUUCAGAUUGUGUCUUCUUGCAUGAAAAGCAUGAGCCAUAUUUGACCAUAUCAGAUGCGGAACCGAUCUGAUGGGGUGAUAUUUUGCACUUUCUGUACUGUACUAUAUAAUACAACAGUUUGAGUUUAUGCAAAAGAAUCUACAUUUUGUUUUUCCUCUGAACAUGUAACCCAGAGAAAAAAUAUGCAGAAAGAGCUGGGGAUUGCAUGGUACUUUGUCUGAUAAUCGAGUCUCUUCUGUGAGCCCUGAAUUCAAGACACUCUGUGCUUCUCCUGCAGGUUAUUUUUUUUCUCCUUGUACAGAUUUCCAUGCAAUGACCCGUGGUUUAAUCCGGUCGCUUCCACAUGAUCUCGUCCAGCCCUGGCCGUGGUGAGUCUCUGGGCUGCAGAGAGGAGCCACGCUAAGGCUCCUGAACGUCCAUCCUGUCCUGCCCCCACCCGGGGUCCCUGCCGCUGUCUGUCCCUGGGCACAGCAGCCCCCGAGCCCUCCUGCCCCUGCCCAGGGCUGCUUUGUGUCCCCCCAUCAUCUCCUCUGGCCGGGCAGCGCGUACCUCCCCGGGCCGGGCACGCACCCGGUGUCACACGCGUGUCCCCGAGCCCCUGCAUGUGUCCCCCCGCUCCGCCCGGGCUGUGUAUAUAUCGCUGUUCUUGCUUCAACGCUGGGAAGUAACUGUUAACAUGUUAAACUGUACAAAAAAAUAGGCUAAGAGUAGAUGAAAGCCAACGCCACUCACCAAAUCUUUGCACUUAGUAGGUAGCUCAAUGUAAAAAUAAAACCCAAUAAUAAUGAUAAUAAUAAUAACAAAAAAAGGAAUAAACCCCCCCGAGCCGCAAAGCUAACCUUUCUGUGUGCAGUGGGGGAGAAGUACUGUCUGUAGUGAUGCUGUCAUUGUUCCUCCCUGUAACGCUGUGAGGGGAAGUGGUGUUUAUGUACUUGUCUGUUAACAUUGUUGACAUUUGUAAUUACCACAAUUAGUUCCUAUUGAUGUUUAUUUUUUUUCUCCAUAGUUUUCCCCCCCUUUCCUGCCUCGGGCCAGCCCUGAGGUCAGCGCCUCUGCGGUGAGGGGCAGCAGAUGUUCAAACAGGCUGUGGGUCUGGGCAGCAAUGAACCAGCAAAUGUGCUUUCAGGGGGAGGGGAGGAACCCAUUUGGCACCAGAGCUCUGGAUUCGUUGCCAGUAAUUAGGUUUUUUUUUUCCCAUUUAGUUCCUGGAGAACAUUCACUUUGCCAGUCUUCUGGUUUUUUUAUAUACUUUCAAAGAUGACUUGAUAGCAAAACCAUGCUUAUUAGGUUGUUUUUUUUUUCCUCCCCUCUUACUUUUGAAGGUACGGUACAAGUUCCAGUGUCUUUCUAUUAAAUUAUUGCCUUUCAUUUUCCUUUGUUUUGUUUUGUUGUGGGUUUUUAAUACAAUUGUUUUCUUAUCUUUAAGUGCCUUUUUGAGCACCAGAACAAAUGCUUGGAGUGAUGUCCUAGGAGCUGUGCGCAUCAUGAUUUCCUUUGUGCAGUUGUGCUGGGGGUGAUUGCUUUUAGAGUCCUUUUUAAUUUUUUUUUUUUAAAGAAAAAAGAAAACCAAGGCGUUUUGUUGAAGAAUAAACUACCCCUUUUUAAUACGGUCUUCAAAUUGUAGUUGUAACUACUGUAAAUUUAAGGGAAGAAGUGUAUUUUUCUGUAAGCUGACUUGGCACAGAAUGGGAGCAGGCACGUUGUAGGAGGGUUGUAACUGGAACCUGCUGGUGUUUGAGGGUGCCUGUGCCCCCAUCCUCCAUCCCUCUCCACGGGUGCACAGCCUGUGGGCCGUGGAGCCGGCAGCGUGGGGGGAGACCCCGGGGGGGCUGGGGCAGCCAUGAGGGGGGCAUCUUCCCGGAGCAGUAGUUUCUCUGCUGUGCAGAGCGAGGGCCCACCUUGGGCUCGGCUCCUGCAGACCCCCAGCUCCCCACUGACCUGCCCCGUCCCAUCCCGUCCCCUCUGGUGGUGCCACGGCCACCUCGGCAGGGACCUCUUGGCGUCGCCGAAGCGAUGGCACCUGUGGCCGUUGCCCCUCUGUACAGGUCCAUCAGCAGCACGCUGGUCCCCGCGGCGGUGGGGACAGAGCAUGUUCUUCCUUAGGCUGAAGUCCCAGGGCAGGGGCUUGGAACUUGAUGAUCUUUAAGGUCCCUUCCACCUCUGACCAUUCCAUGAUGCUCUAAGUCCCCGCGGCAGGCGGUGUUUGUGCACCCCGGGUGUGCAGUGUCACAGUGAUGGUGUGGUUUUCACGGAGCAGCAGGAGAUGUCCCGGGGCCGAUCCGGGACGCCUCAGUGGUGGGGAUGGGUUUGGCUCCGCCGGGAAGCCGAGGGAAGGGCUGGCUGCCCACCCUGUGUGACGGUCCUCCUCCUCCUCCGGUGUUGUCUCUGUAACGUGUGGUGAGAUGCCGUGCAGCUGGCGUGUCCCAGUGGCUCCUCUGUCCUGUACGCUGGUGGUGCCGUGUAGAUGAAGCCACUGGUCGGGUGUGGACUCAUCCCAUUGAAUAAAACUGCUUAACUUUUCUCAAAAA